CAUUCCACAAACCAAUCUCAAUCUUCUGAAUCUUCAUCUUAUCUCUCUAUUCCCCUUCACUCCCAAUCUCAAAUAGCCAUUGGAAUUCCCAGACCCAAUUCAAAAUGAGCAAAGUGGUGAUGAAACUUGACUUGCACGAUGACAGAGAAAAGAAGAAGGCCCUCAAGGCAGUUUCUGGACUUACAGGAGUUGAAUCCGUCGCGAUGGAGAUGAAGGACAAGAAGCUGACAGUAAUUGGGAGUGUCGACCCGGUUAAUGUGGCUGCUAAGAUACGGAAGCAUUGGCCCGGCGCCGAAAUACUCAGCUUCGGGCCGGCGAAGGAGGAGAAGAAGCCGGAGGCAAAGAAAGAACCGGAGAAGCCAAAGAUCACAACUGAGCAGCAGCUACAACAGAUACUUAUGCAGAUGGGGCAUCCUCAUUGGCAUCCUGCUAAUUACCAUGUCUUGAGUGUAGAAGAGAAUCCCAAUUCUUGUGUCAUAUGUUGAAUGAAUUUGGAUCAAUAAUUUUGAGUUUUGAGAAACUUUGUUGGAAUGUUUUCAUUUUGGAGUAAAUAUGUCAAUUUCAGCCUUCCCUCCACUGAUUUCCUAUA